GUUGAAAUCGCUGGGGGAGAUGACAACUGUAAGCAAGCUAAGGAUUGAGUACUUUCAAUGUUGGUCGACGAUAUUGUAAUUGUCCACAUACAGCAUACAGCGAACAGCUUGAACAGCUUGCUCGGGACUUACCCGCCAGCCUAUCCCUUAGCAAGGAUUAUCUUGCAACAAGCUUGGGCCAUGGCGGGACCAAAAGCCACUUCCAUUCGAUCUCAUCCCUGCGCGCGAACUUUUUGGCCUUGUCGAUCGACCAAAAGUUAUGGGAUUUGUCAAAGCUCGAGGAUGAAGAAGUGAUCCAAGAAGCUGCUCGGAAAGACUCAAUGGGACGCAUGUAGCAACCGGUUCUGCAGGCAAGUUGCAAUGACCCAGCCGCCACUAUCGGCCAAGCGCAUGCGCUCCAACACUUCUUCCACCGAUUUCACCAAUUCGGCCCCGCAGACCACAGCUCCUGCCCUUCGACAGUCCAACUCGAACGCCAACAUUGGGCUCUACGUCGCGCCCACCGGCUUCAAUGGUACCUUUGGGCCAACCUCCCAGGUCACUCUGCGUCAGAACCUCAACUAUGCUCCCUACGGCACCACGGGACAGCCCAAUGCCUAUCCUGACGGCUUCGUCGCGUCCCCAACUGCCUAUACCGAUUCCUACGACCCACACGGACACCCCAACAGCUACGCCGCCGCCUACGGCCAGCCGACCUCGAAUGGCCAGAAUUCGCCCCUUACUGCUACCUACACCCAGAGUACCGUCAGUAACGCGCACAAUGGACCAUACGUUCACUUGGGAUGCCAGUCGGGCUCGGCGGGUCCCGCGUCCUAUUCUCCGGUGCCUUCACCCGUGCCUCUCAACAGCCAGAAUACCAACUACGGCGAAAUACAAGGACGGAGCGCGACCCCAGUUUCGCGGCAGAGCUUCUCGCAAUACGGAGAAACGUACAGCUCCCAGCCUAGCGCCCACAAUCCUCAGUACCACGGACAAGCGGCGUCAUAUCCCGAACCUACGGUAAAUCCUCAAUACAGCCCGCCCCUCGACCAGCCAGUCGGCAAUGUGAAUCAACAGAGCCCGGAUAUCCCUCCAGAUGGCGAUAACGGGGAAGAAGAUGCACUGGGCGAGGAGGUGGAUGAGGCUGUUGACGUAUGUCCGCAAUCUCACGACCUCCUUUCAGCCGCGACUGACGAACUCCACCUCCAGGUGUACCCGAACCCCACACCGACUGUUGAAGAAGAACCGCCCAAACCGCCGGACACAAAAUGUGCCUGUAAAAAGGGCCGUGGAAAGAAAAAAGCCUGCAUGAAUUGUGCCUGUAGUAAAUACGGGCGCAAGUGCGGCAGACAUUGUUCCUGCGGUGAUGCAUGCGGGAACCCCUUCCAAGAUCUGACGACCUUCUUCGGCCCGCCCGAGAAAUUCCCCAAACCCUGCGAGGCGAAUGCGUGUUUUGUGACGUGGCUUUCGAACCAGCCCAACAUAGAAGAGCUGGACAUGGAUCUCAUGGUCGACAUGCUGCUCUACGACGACAAGUCGUGGGCCACCAUCAAGGGGCACACGAAACCCUUCCGGGAAUGGGAAGACCGGUGGCUAAAAGCAAAGAACGCCAAGUCGAAGAAGGUUAGGGAGGGCCGGGAGCAGCUCGAGUUCGACCUGCUGCGGGGGGCGCUGGGAAACUGCAAUGCCGACGAUUUUCAUGGGUACUGGUACAGCUUCUGCCAGCGGCAAUGGGUACACAUGGACCAUUGGGAGCACUGCAGGGAGUGCAAGAUGUGUGCGCCGAGCAGCGAGUGGCAUUGCGAGCAACACGGUCGCUGCACGACGAACCGUACGUGUGCUGGAUGUGCGGGGGCGGCAACGUAUCCAGACAUGGCCAACUACGUGGCAAGCUGAGAAGGAGCGGAGACAUAUCAUGAAUGAAUGUAUAGACACGUCCAGGAGAUAACAAAGGAAAUCGGCUUGUGCUUCAAGCAUCUAUAUACCUAGCAUUAGGGUGGAGUCAUAGGAGCGUAUGAGUGUGUUACUUGUUUAUAUAGGUAGAGGGCGGCGGGGCUGAUCAAUGGCAGAUGCAUAUUCUCUGCCCAAUCUGGAGAUGUUGGGCACUCGUGGGAGUGAGUGUCCAGUAUGAAUGCCGUGGGCUCUCUUCUGUCGCAUUUGCCGAACGUACCUUGAUACACACGCUUCGAUUGAUCAUCCGUUG